AUGUCGACGAUCACUACCACCACCGAGUCAAAUGCCGCGGAGGCAUUCUUUAGACAACCGUUUUAUGCCAAAGAUGGCAAAACCAGAUUACCGCAAUACGUUGCUCAUCGCGGUUUCAACAAGAUAUAUCCCGAGAAUACUUUGAGUGCAUUUCAAGCGGCGAUUGAUGUUGGUUGUCAUGGGAUUGAGACGGAUGUGCAGAUUUCGAGGGACGGGGUUGUUGUUAUCUCACACGAUUUCACGCUCACCCGGUGCUUUGGCAUUGAUAAGAAAAUCAACGAAUGCGACUGGGAGUAUCUGAGUACACUACGAACGAUACGSGAGCCGCGAGAAAAGAUGAUCCGGCUAAGUGAUUUCCUCGAAUUCAUCAGCGCAAAAGGCAGGGAUCAUAUCUGGGUUUUGCUUGAUAUCAAGAGAAACAACCCUGCCAACGUCAUCAUCAAGAAGAUCGCAGAAAUUCUCAAAUCUGGUCCAUACUCGUCGCAGCCGUGGCAUUUACGGAUUGCUCUAGGGUGCUGGGCUCCCACCUACUUCCCCGUCUGCAAAGAACAUCUCCCAACUUUCCAACCCGUCCUGAUCGGGUACAACGUCGUCGCAGCUCGAAAGGCUCUUCGUACCAUACCCGAAGUCUCAUUCAACACGCACUACACAUCCAUCAAAGGUCCGCUGGGAUACGGGUUUGUGGAAGCCGUGCAUCGCAACAAGAACCUCAAGGAUCCCCGCGAGGCCAAACUCGUAUUCGGCUGGACGAUCAACGCAGCGCGCGACAUCCGCUGGGCAAUCAGAAAACAACUCGAUGUCAUCUUAACCGAUGAUCCGACUGUAUACAAACAGAUCAGCGACGCGUGGGACGAGGAAUACUCCAAACGCCACGAAAAAGAAGACAACAAGAUGACGUUGAGGGAGAGGCUGUAUUUGACGUUUUGGAAUCUCUGGUUUGUGUUUUUUGGAUGGGUGUUUCCGCUUCUUUAUCCGUAUGUGCAGCGGUUUUUGGUGGAGAAGCCUGCUGUGAAGACCAAUGUCAAGACUAGUUCGGCGAGGACUUGA